AUGCGAGUGGGGGGAUUCUCUGCCAGGAUUGUCCUGGACCCCGGAGCCGAUGAAACGCAUCGCUGUCAUUUCGACCGCUUCCGUUCGCGGAUGCAAGCAGGGGAUCUUUUCGUUGAGAUGGUUGGCGUCGUACCAUUGGCUAUAUGCUCAUCUGAAAACCGCAGCCUUGGCCAAAAGCUGCAGAUAUCACCCGAUCUCAUUGGGCUAGGCGAUAGCAUUGUCGUCGCUCAGGUCACCAUCGGAGAUUAUUCAGCCUACGCGGAUGCUGUGAUGUGUGCAGAUGACACCCGAUGGUGCGCAGACGCCAUGUAG